AUCUAUAUAAACAUCCAAGAAAGACUACCUGUAUAUGAAUGAUAUAACCUUAAAUUCAGAAAAGCCAGAGAGAGUCUACUAACAAAAAAAGAAUUUUAUUAGUCUCUCAAUCUGAUCAUUUUUUUUCCAAAAUAAACAAUAUGAUGUCCUCAUCAUCAUCAUCACCAGCCACCGAUACUAACACUAAGCCGUCGUCUUCGUCGUCGUUGCCGGCAGUUGAGUAUGUCACGUGCGACACGUGCGGUUUCGCCGAGGAGUGCACGCCGACUUACAUCCACCGCGUCAAGGAACGGUACAAGGGACAUUGGCUUUGUGGGCUUUGCGCGGAGGCGGUGAAAGACGAGGUGGUUCGAUCUCCGACUCGAAUCUCCGUCGAGGAAGCUCUCCGCCGCCACACGACGUUCUGCCACCGGUUCCGUUCUUGGAGUCCCGACGAGGAAGAAGAUCCUAUUUCAGUCAUUGGUAGGAUUCUACGGCGGAGCCUCGACGGCUCUCCACAGAGAACCACCACGAGGACGAGCUCGAGCGGGGCUUUGCCGGGGAUCGACGGCGUAGAGUCACGACGGUCCCUUCUCCGAUCUGGGAGCUGUUUCCCGUCUCUCUCUGCUUGAUUACUCUGUUUACUGUGUUAGUUGUAAUGUAUUUUUUUUUCUUUUAAUUUUUGUUGAAGUUUAUUAUUUGUACUUAUAUUACAUUCUAGAAGAGAGGAAAUGGUUGGAAUCCGAGGAUGUAAUUUCCUAUGACGUUAGCCUUUCUUCGUAAGUGAGUUAAUAAAAUGGUUAAUGAGCAAAGCUCAUCUUCUGUGA